AUGUCCAUGGGCGUCGGAUCAAGGACGGUGUGUUUCGAGAGCAAAGACGAGGGCGCGUGCGAGUCCGGGGGACUGAACGUGUCGCGGUGGCACUUCAACGCGGCGCGCAACCGCUGCGAGCGCUUCACCUACCACGGCUGCUCCGGCAACCACAACAACUUCCGCACUAAGGACGAGUGCAACGCCGUCUGUCCCGUGGAGGAGGUAACAUCGAAACUAACAAAAGAGAAGAGUCGAGAAAUCGUUGACCAAAGCGGAGGAGUAUUGAGUCCUUGUGAGAGACUUCGUGAAAAGAAUGAGGCGGCUACGCAGAAGUACGGCAAGGGUAGUUUCAUCCCCGAGUGCGACGCGGCCGGCGGCUGGCAGCCCGUGCAGUGCAUGGCACAUAUUGACGUGUGUUGGUGUGUGAGCGCACGCGGGGAGCCGCAGAAGGGGUCGCUGGUGCGCGGCGCGCGGCCCGCCUGCAACUUCAGACAAGCGCGCAAGUGGAUGCGCCGCGACCCCGACGACGAGCGCGCCAAAGCUGACGAAGUACUAGAAGAACUAAUCCGUCAGAUGACGUCAUAUAGAGUAGAAGAAUUGGAAGAGGAAGAUCUAGAAGAAGAAUUAGAGAACGAGCAAUCGAAGGAGAUUACAACGGAGUCUGCGGCGCUGCUGGUGUCGGAGGUGGUGGAGCCCCGCAUCGCGCAGACCACGCGACACGACGAGCCAGUUGUCAUCUCAGAGAAGAUCGUCUUCAAAACUAAAUGUCAAGUUUUAUUGGAAGAAGCGGAGAAAGGCAGUGAGAGUGUGGAGCCGCGCUGCCUGUCGGACGGGUCGUUCGCGCCGCAGCAGUGCGCGCGCGGCCGCUGCUGGUGCGUGGACGCGGCCGGACAGCGCCGCCCCCCGCCCCCCGCCCCCGCCGCCGCCCCCUGCGAAAUGACACAAAUCGAGUCAGCGAUCUUGGAACUGGAGUUGGUGGGAGCGAGCAACGACGAGGGCGAGCGCGCGCGCGCGGCGCUGUCUGCGCGGCUGGCGACGCUGGAUUCUAGUAGAUCUACUUUUAAGAUGGCGAACAGACGUGCGUCGCUAAAAUGCGACGAACGCCUUUACGCUACUUUUAGUUCCUUACGUCCAGCUCAGAGGGUCAAUCACGAAUACAUGACAGCGAGAACAUCUUCGUAA